AUGUCACACAAGAUAUGCUGUAAUAGAUUUACAGAAAACUUGGAAUAUUAUGAGAUCGAUUUUAAGUAUCAAGGACAUAGGGAGAAAUAUAGAGUAUCAAACGGGAUGCCAAUGAUGGUAACGCAAAAUAUGCGCAAUAAAGAUAUGUUUAAUAUGGAGCAGUACAAUAUUGACAGGAUUAACGAGAAUGAUGAGGGCAAUCUCGUAUUUACGCUAAAUGGAACAGUAUUCAGUCACAGUGAAUUCAGCGAAUCUUUCAUCCCAGCAUUUUGCGUUACGGUGUAUAAAUAUCAGGGAGGAAUAAUAAGCACCCCAUAUAACAUUUAUGCUGCAGAAAAAAUGGACAAGAAACAAGUCUACACAGCAUUAUCUAGAACAAAGGAACUAAAUCAUGUCCAUCUUGAUACAACAAAGUUGAACCCCAAAUAUAAAAUCAGAAUGCCACCGCUCUGUGUGACAGUGAAUAGUUACUUCAAUGAUGACUACCAUAAAGGUCAAAUAUAUAAGAUCACGUUCAAACACAAUGACAAAUUAUAUAUCGGUAGCUCUAUUAGAAAUCUACAAGAACGGCUCAAUGAACAUGUGACUACAAAAUCAAGUGCAAUAUUCAAGUACAAGGAUGAUGAACCAAUAAUUGUGCCAGUAAUACGCGCACCUUGUAAGGAUCGACAAGAAUUAAACAGAGUGGAAGCUGAAUACAUUAGAUAUUAUAGUGAAAAAUAUGGGGACCGUUUACUCAACAAACAAUUAGUCCCAAAACAGACAGUCAAAAUUGAAUACAAACAUCAAGCGCAAAUUGAGACAGAAAAUCAAAUGCGAGAAAGACUGCGCCAGAAGUUUGGUGAUAAAAUCAAGAUCAAAGAUGAUCCAAUGAAUAAGUUACUCUAUUACGAUACGAAAGUUGAUGGCAAACGUUAUAGAUCAGUUGCUAAAUACAAAAAACAGACUAAAGAAGAAGCUCUGAUUAAGAUCACUGCUAAGCAACAACAAUUGAUCGAUGAAUUGACGAUCCAGUUCAACUAA